UGUCAGUCAUCCCCAGUCCAAUGGCUCGAUUGAGCGAUUUCACGCCACUUUAUUGGAAAUGAUCAGAUCCCAUGUAUCCGAAAAUCCCGACGAACAUCCCUUCAAUAUUCUUCCCUACGCUGUUCAGUGCUACAAUAGUACUAGAAAUAAAACUACUGGCUUUACACCAUACGAGCUCGUGUUUGGCCACACCUCUGGUCGUCCGCCCGAACACAUACCAGAUACCAGACACCAGAUACCAGACACCAAACACCAGACAUCAGACACCAGAUAUCAAAUACCAGACACCAGACACCAGAUACUAGACACCAGACACCAGAUACUAGAUACCAGAUGCCAGACACCAGAUACCAGACACCAGAUACCAGACACCAGAUACCAGACACCAAACACCAGAUACCAGAUACCAGAUACCAGACACCAAACACCAAACACCAGACACCAGAUACCAGAUACCAGACACCAGACACCAGACACCAGAUACCAGAUACCAGAUACCAGACGCCAGACACCAGAUACCAGAUACCAGAUACCAGAUACCAGAUUCCAGAUACCAGAUACCAGACAUCAGAUACCAGAUACCAGAUACCAGAUAUAUGAUUCCAGAUACCAGAUACCAGACACCAGAUACCAGAUUCCAGAUACCAGAUACCAGACAUCAGAUACCAGAUACCAGAUAUAUGAUUCCAGAUACCAGAUACCGGACACCAGACACCAGAUACCAGAUACGAGAUACCAGAUACCAGACACCAGACACCAGAUACCAGACACCAGAUACCAGAUACCAGACACCAGACACCAGACACCAGAUACCAGAUACCAGACAUCAGAUACCAGAUUCCAGACACCAGACACCAGAUACCAAAUACCUGAUACCAGAUACCAGAUACCAGAUACCAGACACCAGACACCAGAUACGAGAUACCAGAUACCAGAUGCCAGACACCAGACACCAGAUACCAGAUACCAGGCACCAGAUACCAGAUACCAGACACCAGAUACCAGACACCAGAUACCAAAUACCAGAUACCAGAUACCAGACACCAGACACCAGAUACCAGAUACCAGACACCAGACACCAGAUACCAGAUACCAGAUACCAGAUUCCAGAUACCAGAUACCAGACAUCAGAUACCAGAUACCAGAUACCAGAUAUAUGAUUCCAGAUACCAGAUACCAGAUACCAGACACCAGACACCAGAUACCAGAUACCAGAUACCAGAUUCCAGAUACCAGGUACCAGACAUCAGAUACCAGAUACCAGAUAUAUGAUUCCAGAUACCAGAUACCAGACACCAGACACCAGAUACCAGAUACCAGAUACCAGACACCAGACACCAGAUACCAGACAUCAGAUACCAGAUUCUAG